AUGGCAAUGGAGGGUUCGACAUACCCAAUAAAAUCGGUUCCACAUACCUCGGGUAUGGAACGAAGAUACAACAACAGUGGAGAUGAUGAACCAAUGGUAUGGAACGAAGAUGCAGCAGCAGUGCAGACGAUGAACCGAUGCGAUACGUCGAGGGAGUCAGAGGGGCAAAUAUUGUUGGCUUGGAAGACGACGGUUGAGAGAAAGGUGGCGGUGGAGGGAGCGAAGAAAGGCCUGAGUGUUGAGUGUGAAACAGAGAGCCAACACCAGAUAGAUGAAGCGGUGGUGGUGAAAACCCUGGUCAGUGGGACUGCCUCGAAAAAUACAGAACAGACACCACGUAGCCACGUAGACAAUAAAGAAAGAUGUUGCACGUGGACCGGAGAAAAACGUUUUUUUGCUUACCUGAAUAUCCUACGCUCACACACAAUGCAGAAGCCUUCACCGUUAAACAAAAACCACACCCCUUUUUCAAUGAUGGCGGAGAUUUCCCACCUUCAUCUCCAUGAAGAUGAUCACGAUAACGAAAAUGACGACCUUCUAAACUCACUUUCUCCUCGCAGCCAUGACUGGUCUCAAGAUCUCGACGGAUUCGACGUUUCACCUUCAGAUCUCGACUUUCCUUCCUCAGAAUAUUUCCUUUGCCGACAAAGGCGCCGCUCCGAUCGGAAUCCGAUCAGCGUUUUAAACGGAAACAAUGCUUCUAGUCCAUUCGAUCUCGAAAACGAGGUAAAUUUCGUAAUCGAUAUGUUCCAUCAUCGCGUUGAGCGAUCGCAUUCUUCGUCGCGUGUAAUGUUAGACACCGAUUUGGGUGAUUCUGAUCGUAUUGUUAGAGUUAGUGAUUGGAAUGAGGAUAUCAAUUCACACAAUUUGGAGAUGGAUUUUGAGUCAGGAUUAGGGUUAGGGUUUCCCGUAGAAGUUCGUAAUUGUAACGACGAAGGUGAUGACAAUUCUGGAUUUAUGGUUGCUGAUUGUGGUGAUGAGUUCUUCGUGUCGAGGAGGACCAGCAGCAGUGGCGCUCGAUCUGAAUCGAGAGAUCCAACAUAUUUCAUGAGUGGAUUAAGUGCGACUGAUUCCGAUGAGGACCAUGUAAACGAGAUUAUUGGUGUGGACGAUGAUUUCGGUGAUGAUGAAGCAAGUCUUAGGCUAUGUUGGGAUGCUUUUCAGCUAGAAGACGAUGAUCAUUCAAGAUGGGACAUACCUGCACAACAACAUUUUGAGUGGGAGGAAGUAGACAGUGGAGUCAACGAAAGGGAAGUUUUGACCAUGUUUCUGGACGCAGAGGCUGACAACAACACCACAGUAGAUGAUCUCGAGUGGGAAUUAUUCCUGAAUUCUCAUAAUCACGAAGCAAAUCCCACUACCACAGAGGCCAAUAACUACAAUGAGUGGGAGGUUUUCUUGAAUGUUCACAAUCUUGAAGCAAAUCCAGAUUUAGAAGGUCAGUUUGAAGACUACAAUGAUGCAGAACACGAGAUGUUAUUCGGGCAGUUUGCAGAUAACGGUGACUCAGGUUUAGUUCAACCACCUGCUUCCAAAAAGGCAGUUGAAAAUCUUCCAUUUGUGGUUAUGACUCUUGAACAUGUUGAAAAAAACAACACACUUUGUGCUGUUUGCAAGGAUGAAAUUGGUGUUGGGGAAAAGGCAAAACAGCUUCCUUGUAUUCAUCAUUACCACGAAGAUUGCAUCAUUCCUUGGUUAUGUAUACGAAAUACAUGUCCAGUUUGUCGCCAUGAGCUGCCUACUGAUGAUCCUGAUUAUGAAAGCAGGAAAGCAGAGAGGGUUGCUAGUUAG